AAUGCAUGCAUAUUAAUUUUUGAUUCUUUUAAACUGAACUAGCUUCUAGCCUCAUGCAUACUGAUGGUUCAGUGGAUGCUAAGAAGAGCACAGUUAUAGUCAAAUAGAUGGACAGAAGGUUCCUUCCGAUCUAUGUGUUUGUGUGACAGUGUGCCCUCCAUACGUACCAAUACAAUAGCUCUUACGAUAUUUGUGCUUGCCAAAGUUGACCUGGCGGAGAAGGGUGGAGUCAAACAAGACAGGAAUGGUAUGCUGAGAGAGUCCCAGCUGUCCACACGUAACAUGGUGACGGCUUUGAUGGAGGAGUUUUGGAAGAUGGUCCGGGGGUCCAUCAACGAUCAGGCACUGCACUUCAAGAGUGAAAGUUGUAGCUAGUAAAUGAUUGCAGAGUGGUACUGCAGACACAUGCAUGCAGGUAGUGUAUGUUAUGAAGUGAUGUGAAAAGAGUUGCGUAGUCAUACAAGUACUAUUUGUGUGGGUGUGUCUGAGGUGUGGGUGUGUAUAUAUACCUGAUGCACAAACUUGUGCUGGUCCCAGGUCUGUACCGUAGAUUAUUGGUCAAUAUUCACUGAAUUUUUCUAGUGUACAUACUUUAUUUUUCCGGAGGAUCGAGGUUCUUUGUAUAACAUAUGCUCUUUACUCGAAUACAGCUCGGCGGUACAACCUAGAGGCUGAGUGGCGUAAUAGCAUUAGGUACCCUGUGGGGAGAACACUGGACAGAGACGACCUCUUUGAGUUGGGUAAGGCGGACAUCUUGACCAAGGUCGCCAGUUUGCAGGGAGCCUACAUUACCACGUUUGGUGGGCAAGGAACGAAAGAGGGACAGUUUAAUAUCAUUUAUGGACUCUCUAUUGAUCGCAAUGACUCUGUUGUUGUAUCCGAUCAAGACAACGGGCGACUGCAGAUAUUCUAACGAGAUAAGUAGUUAAACCAUUAUAGUUAGACUAACUGUAUAUAGUUAGUCCAUAUAUUUCACGAUAUGACAGUAGCAUUUUUGGACUCUCUAUUGAUUGCAAUGAUUCUGUUGUUGUGUCCGAUCAACAGGCGACUGCAGAUAUUUUAUUAUGUGGUUACGUCAAAUCAUUAACUUUAUUGGUUAAUGUAGAAAUUGUUGUUAUUAUUUGUGUAUGCAUUCUGUAUAGUUUGAUUUAACUGCGUUCAAACUCUGACGUACAUAUAGAACUAGCUUCCAGCCUGCAUGUUUUUAUCCUACAGAUACAGCCAUGCAUAGAUUGUCUGUACUAGCUGUUUGUUUGUGUGGACCUUCAAGAUUUACACAGCCUCCCCCUCAUGUGACAAUACCUCUCUCGAAUACAUGUAGUCUGUUUUUUUUUACUACCGUAAUUUGAUGAAUGAGGCAAUUGAAUUACGAUCAUGUUGCUGGCAUUAUAGAUCUCAUGCAAUAUACAGAGACUCUGUACUAAGCUAAAACAUUGGCAUCCCUCACCCCUUUGACUCGCCAAAUCGGCUAUAAAUUCAGCACCAAAUUUUACCUGCUAUACGGCAUUGUUGAAGGAAUUAAAACUAUUGUCUUGAUUUCUAGUCUGUCUUUCUUUUUCAAUGCUCUCGUACAAUAUUCGUAAGUUGACUUGGUGCAGAGAAGGAUGGAGUCAAACAAUACUGAAUGUGAGUGUGUGACCAAUCAGAUUGAUGCUGAUUGCCCCUGCAGAUGAUCUCAAUUUUGAAUGGCCAAUGAUACUAUGCCGCAGUUACUGAGAGAGUUGGGAGGGCAUUGAUGAGAUACAGAAGUACGAGGGAGACUACUUUGCUCGCUCCAAACUAUUCCAGAUUGCUAACCCAGGGAUCAUCAGUGUGAGUGUCAUGUGACUGCACUCAAGUCACGUACGUGACUAUGCCGGUGUAUCCGUACAGACUGUGACCACUGGUAUAGGCGGUAUGGCCGUUAACAAAGAGGUUAUUAAAAUGUGCAGACAGUACAUGCAGAAUCCGAACGCCAUCAGCAUGUGCAUACAGAUAUCGCCCAGUAAAAAAUCUUACAGCAUUCAAUAAAUUCCCAAAGCCAUGGCUGAGAGAGUGACUACGAAAGAAGCUCUCAAGAAACUCGAUGCUCAACUCGAAUGCUCCCUUUGUCUUGACACUUUCAAGCAACCGAAACUCUUGCCUUGUUUUCACGUAUUUUGCAAGUCCCCGUGUCUGGAGAAACUAGUGACCAAGGAUGGACGCUCCCUCACUUGUCCCACCUGUCGACACAUUGUCCCACUAUCAGAGAGGGGAGUGACUGGACUGCAAUCAGACUUCCACAUUGACCACUUGUUUGAGAUACAAGAUGCUUUCAACAAGGCCGAAGACGAAAAUGAUACAAACUGUGGCAACUGUGAGAAUGGCAAAGCCACUGGAUAUUGUAACGACUGUGGAGACUUUUUGUGUGAUGAAUGUCAAGCUGCUCAUAAGAAAAUGAAGUAUCUACAUAGUCAUAAACUAAUUUCGCUGGAUGAACUCAAAGCUCAAGUGACUAGCCUGAUUCCCCCUAAGAAAGCCGUCCCCCAUUGCCACAAACACUCGGGGAAUAACCUCAAGAUAUACUGCGAUACCUGCUCCACUCUCAUUUGCACGGACUGCACCAUUCGACUCCACAAAGACCACAACUACGACCUGGUGGCUGAUGUGCUGACCAAGCACAAGGAAGAACUUGUCUCCAGUCUCAAACCAGUCAAAGAGAAGCUGGACAUCGUGCAACAAGCUCUGAAGGACUUUGACACAAGAGCCAAGGCAAUCCACGAUCAGAGGGCCACGAUUGAAGCCAACAUCCACAAGGAGAUUGACGAACAACAUCGAUUGUUAGACCAACGAAGGGCAGAACUUGUAGGAGAGCUAGAGAUGCUGACUCAACAGAAGCUGAAGGAUCUGGCAGCACAGAAGGACCAAGUGGAGAUCACUCAAGUGAAACUGACCAGCUGUCUGGAGUACGCUGAGGGUGGUCUCAAAACAGGCACAGAUGGUGAAGUACUAGAAAUGAAAUCUUCCGUUCUCAAGAGAGUUAAACAGAUCACUGCGGAAUUCGAAUCAAAUGCUAUUCAGCCAGAGACAAAGGCUAACGUGGAACUAAUCACUAAAGGAAAAGAACCUCUCCAAAAAGCUUGUCGAAAUUUCCUAGAGGUUGAUCACAGUGGAUCAUUCAGCUUAGAGAACAGCCACAUGACAGGAGAUUGUCUGAAAAAUGCUACCUCUGAAGAAACAAAAACUUUAUCCUAUCAAGGAAUGACCAAAAAUAACAAGAAAUUCAAAGACAAACUUAACCUCAAAGCUGAACUUGUGCAUAUCGAGAGCAAAGACAAAUUGAAAUGUGAAGUGAUCAAGCAACAACAUGGCCAACACAAGGUCAACUAUCGCCCUGUGAAACGAGGAAAGCAUGAACUACACAUCACUGUCAAUGGGGACGCAGUACGAGGCAGUCCAUUCCCAAUAGCUGUAGCCCCAUCACCACAGAGCUUCCUCAAGCCUUCCCAAGUUGUACGAGGUUUGAACAAGCCACGAGGCACUGUCUUCAACAGUAAGGGACAGUUGGUUGUUGUUGUUGAAGGAGCUACUGUCUCUGUAUUGACACCAAAGGGUGAGAAGAUACGAUCGUUUAGACAGCUGAAUGAUGCGCAUGGAGUAACUGUGGACAAAGACGACAACAUCUAUGUAGUGGAGCCUGACAAUCAUUGUGUGAAUAAGUUUUCGUCUGACGGAGAGUUUGUGGCAGCUGUUGGUAGUCAAGGCAGUGGUAACCUUCAGUUUCUUUACCCAAUUGGUAUCUGUUAUAACAGAAGAGACAACAACCUGUAUGUGCCUGAUAACGGAAACAACAGAAUACAAGUGCUCUCUACUGAUCUGAAAUUUGUACGAUGUUUCGAUACACUUGGCAAUGGGAACGGACAAUUACAAAACCCACUGUAUGCAACAUUUGAUAGUUCCAACAACCUCUAUGUGACUGAUUACGUUAACGAUCGAGUACAAGUCUUCACUGCUGAAGGUAAAUUCCUGAGAGCCUUCUCACAAAAAGCCAACGGUCAGAAGUUAAGUAAUCCUCGAGCCAUAGCCAUCGACAGCAGUAAUACAGUGUACGUCAGUGAGAAUGGACCGCAUUAUGUGAGUGUGUUCACGUCUCAGGGAGCCUACAUCACCACAUUUGGUGGACUAGGAUCAAAAGAGGGGCAAUUUAAUCAAAUUUCCGGACUCUCUGUUGAUCGCAAUGACUCUGUUGUUGUGUCCGAUCAAGUCAACGGGCGACUGCAGAUAUUCUAAUAGGAUAAGUGCAGUCAAGCCAAGAACGGACUGUGUUUGUAGAUUUAAUAGCGUUAAUAAUUUGUUUAAUAGCGUUAAUAAUUUGUUAGUUGCGUUGUUAUUAAUGGAACAUCUUGAAAUAGUUGUUACGAAGUUUUUUUCUAUGUUUGUAGCCUAUGUUUCUAUUGAACUCUUGGACCAUGCAUAUGUUUGUAGCUUAAAUAGUGCACUUGCGGCCUAUUGUGAAAUCUAAUUUUGUUCUCGUUAUCA